GAAUCUGACAGUAGUUGCCGAAUGAAAUUCUCUGCGGUUCGAUGUAAAUCUACCGGCAAAACGAAGUUGCGUUGAGUAUGUUUGCAUUUUGCCGUCGUGAAAAACUCGAUUAACUGUUUUCAAGCGUCAAGAUGGUGAAGGUGAUUUAAAAUUCAAGAAAUUAGUGAUCUGAUUUGAGUGAUUUUUUAGUUGGAUUAUUUAUUGAGUGAUUAUGGUUUGAUAGAUUUGAUAAGUCACUUUUGUUAACUAAUAACAUUAUUUAAGUGAUUAACAAUAAAAAAAAAAACAAUUGCUGUGUUGACGAUAACAAUUAUAAAUUAUGUGUUCAAGUCAACGAUCGGAUAGUCCGGCGGGUUCGGAAAUAUCGGUGGGAUCACCCAGCCCCCCUCCUCACCGCCGUGGAGAGGACUACCUACAGCCGUUGAAACGUCUACGUUUUGACAAUGCGGCGGCUGCAGCGACGGUGACAGAUGCAUCAGCGUCAUCAGCCGCCAAAGCCAGGACAGAGAGGUUAAAGAGUUUUUCCAUUGCUGACAUCUUGGGCAAAAAUGAAACUCGAAAUGAUGAAUCCGAUGAAGUUCGAAGCUUGAAUUUAAUUGUCAGACCAUGGGACGCUGUUCGAGGACCGAUUCCGGUGCGGCCUACAUUUUUCCCACCUGUUUUGUUGGAAUAUGAACAACAUUUGGCGGCUUUGGAUUAUCACCGACAAUUGCAGGCUCAAUUGUUGCGUCAGAUGAGUGUUGAAAUGGCAAUUCCAGCUUCAGAAAGUGGCUCAGAGAGGUCAAGCUCUGCGGCUAGUGACGAAUGUUGUUCUUCUUCGGAAACGAAUACAACAAGCAAUCGUCUAUCGUCAGAGCCUGAUUUGAGGAGAGAAACGGAGGCAAAAUCUAAUUAUCGGGAUAAAGCAAAAUCAAAUGGAACACCGUUAGAUGCAUUAUUUCAAUUGACCAACAAGAAUUUUGACGAUGUCAAUGAUCAAAGGCAUUUAGACCUCUUUGCCAAUCGACCACAGCCGAAGAAGAAGCGAAAAUCCCGCACAGCAUUCACAAAUCAUCAGAUCUUUGAGUUGGAGAAGAGGUUCCUCUAUCAGAAGUACUUGUCGCCAGCGGAUCGAGAUGAGAUUGCCUCGUCCUUGGGACUAUCCAAUGCCCAGGUCAUUACUUGGUUCCAGAAUCGCAGAGCUAAACUGAAGAGAGACAUCGAAGAGCUGAAGAAGGACGUGGAGACCGUGAAGACACUGUCAGGACAUAAUUGCUUUUUAGAGAAUGUUAAUGACUUGAAUAUUUUAAAGAGACGACCCGAUCGAGAGGAGGAUGACACCAUCAUCAUCAGCAGCAGGCAGCAGCAGCCAGAGCACCGGACGCCAGGACCAACGCAAGAAAGAAGCCAAGAACGACCUUGCGAUGCUGAAACGGAUGACAUUGAUGUACUAUAGUAAUAGUAGAAACGAACUCGGAUAAGCAGCCACUACAUACGAUGCAUCACAAAUAAAUUAUUUAAAAUACAUAAAUGCAUAUAAUUA